AUGAAGUUCACCACCACCCUCCUCGGCCUCGGCCUCAGCCUCGCCAGCAUCGCCGUGGCCGCACCAACCGGCGGCUGGCCAGGGGUUGGCGUCCCCAACCCACUCGAUCCCAUCGAGGAACUCGACCCCGCCGACUUCCACACGGGUCCUGCCUACUCCAAGCCGGUCCCCAAGGAGGACGUACUCCCCCAUGCCAUCAAGGAGGACGUACUCCCCAACGCCAUCAAGGAGUGGGUACGCCCCAACACCGACCUCCCGCAGCCGGUCCACUUCGCGGGCGAGAAGACGCCCUACCAGGUCAUCUCCGUCACGCGCGUCAACAAGCGCGGCCACGUCGAGGACUACGACAUGACCUACGAGGAGGAGCUGGAGAGGGAGAUGUGUAACGUCUCUUUCUGGGACGCUGUCACUGGCAGCGCGUUCGAGAAGGUGUAUGAGUGUCAGUACUGGCACAACCUCGAGGACGACGGGUGGAAUGCGGGUCAGUGGGAGCAUGAUGGGGAUGAGAGUGAUUAG